AUGCGUCUGAUCACGCAUAAUAUGCUCACGUGUAAUAAGAAUAAAUGUACUGGAGGGUACCCAUUAAAGAUCGAAUUGGACGAAAAUCCAAACUCAUUCAAAAUUGAGAGCCAACCAGUGAACCCAGAGUUUAUUAAAAAACUUCUUCCAAGAAUUGACUAUAAAGCACUAUAUACCGCGGCUUCAUCGCUAAGUGUCGAUUUACCCAUGAACUAUAUGGAAGAGGACACAGAAAAUAACAAUUUCAUUAACACAGUACACCAUGCUAUAUUCAAUGUAAGUACCGUUGCAUAUGUAACACAUCGUAUUGUAGUAUCACAUCUUGGAAGGCAAACUGAUCUGCCCCGAAUUCCAAACAUGCUUCACUCUAACCUAGAAGAAUGA